UUUAUUGAAACCAUUUGAUUAACCCUUUUUUUUUACUAUAGGAAGGAAGAGGGUUCUUUCCAUUUGGCAGAGAACCAUCAUGGCAAAAAUGUACCAUCUCUUCCUUUUGACCGUUUUAGUGGUAAUCAUACCUACAUUAGUACAUGCUAAUGUCAAAGAGCAAGCUGCAUACUGGGAUAAUCUACUUCCAUUCAUUAAUGAUACAUAUUGGCGGGAAAAAGCAGCAAUUGCUGAAAAAGAAAAUAAUAUAGCUUACACACCUGACCCAUACGCAGUCUCUGAAAAUAUGACUUCUGUUGUUAGCGAAAUGAUAGUUGGCGAAAAUACAGGAAGAAGGAAUCUAGCAGGAAAAAAAAUAAGAAAAGGUCAUCCAUGUAUGGCUACAAAUCCCAUUGAUAGGUGUUGGAGGUGUGAUCCUAAUUGGGCAAAGAACCGCAAGAAGCUUGCAUCUUGCGUGCAAGGUUUUGGAAGGAAGACUACUGGUGGAAAAGCCGGUCGUAUCUAUGUGGUAACUGAACCGUCAGAUAGUGACAUGGUUAAUCCACGUCCAGGUACCCUAAGACAUGCAGUUACAAGAAAUGGACCUUUGUGGAUUAUUUUUGCUCGUAGCAUGGUCAUUAAGCUCAACCAGGAACUCAUAAUGACAAGUGACAAGACCAUUGAUGGGCGAGGAGCUACUGUUGUCAUUGCUAGAGGUGCUGGUAUUACUAUCCAGUUCAUCAAGAAUGUGAUCAUUCACGGGAUCAAAAUUUUUGACAUUACAGUUGGCAAUGGGGGGCUAAUAAGAGAUGCUGAAAACCAUUUUGGUCAAAGGACAAGGAGUGAUGGUGAUGCAAUUAAUAUUUUUGGCUCCUCCAAUAUUUGGAUUGACCAUGUUUCUAUGAGAAACUGCAAAGAUGGACUCAUUGAUAUCAUCAUGGGAUCCACUGCUAUAACCAUUUCGAAUUCCCAUUUCACAGAUCACAAUGAGGUGAUGUUGUUUGGUGCAACUGAUACCUAUGAUGGUGAUAAGAAAAUGCAAAUCACACUUGCCUUCAACCAUUUUGGUAAGAGAUUAAUUCAAAGAAUGCCAAGGUGUAGAUAUGGUUUUAUUCAUGUGCUUAACAAUGACUACACUCAUUGGGAAAUGUAUGCAAUUGGUGGUAGCAAAAAUCCUACCAUUAUAAGUGAGGGCAACCGAUUCAUUGCUCCUAAUAACCCUCAUGCUAAAGAGAUAACAAAGAGAGAUACAUCAGAGUCGGAGUGGAAAAAAUGGCAAUGGAGAUCAAUCAAUGACGUGUAUUUGAACGGGGCAUUUUUUAGACAAGGUGGAGCUGUGCUAACUAACAGGCCAUUCUCAAGAAAAGACAUGAUCAAAUCUAGGCCCGGCACUUAUGUGAAAAGGCUUACUCGUUUUUCUGGCAGCCUUAGAUGCAGAGCAAGAAAGCCGUGUUAAUCUUCAAAAUCAAACAUCAUUAAGCAUUAAAAUUCAAUAUUGCAGGCAGCAGAUUAGAAAAUGGUUUUAUUGACCAUGUCUAUGCAAUGCAAUUCCUAUUAGAUUACGUCAUUUAAAAGUCAUUGCUUGUAUUAGGGAUUUGUUAGAAUUAAUGAAAAUUUGAGAUACUCUAGAUGGAUUGUUAGUAUUCCUAGAGUAUACAACCUCUUAGGUAUCACUUACUCAUCAAUCAUUCAAUGUAUUUAUUAUAAAUAUAAUUAGUGUGAUCUUACUAAAGACACGAAUAAUUUACAGAA